GGUCGGGGAAACCGGCGGCGCCGACUUCGGUCCUCGUUUUCCCACGUCCGCCUCACGCAAGCGCGCGGGCCGAGUGCGCGAGCGCCCCACGUGCGCGCCGGGAGUUGGAGUUCGCGAGGCGCACCGGGUGAAGCCGCCUCGCGGAACGAGAACCUCAUCUCCCGACGUGCCCCGCGCGCGCCUCUCGCGCCCCGCUUCCUUUCCCUCCUUCUUUCCUCGGCUGAGGUGCUGCGGCGUCCGCGAGCGGGAUGACGACGAGUCGCCGAACCGAGCGCCAACGACGAACCCGAAUGGCAGCGGCGGACCGUAGGCGGAGCCGAGAUUCUCUUGUCGGGCCUUGAAGCGGACGCGGGCGUCGCCGGGGCUGCGAGCGCGAGGGGGGGUCGAGGGGGGCCGAGCCGAGCCACGUCGGCUCACCCCGGUCAUGCAAAGUCCGCCCGAGGGUCCACGUCGAGGUUCCGGCGAGUCCGCCGACGGCCGCUCGUUCGCGCGAGCGUAGCGGAAGUGGAAGCGGUGAGGGUCCCCGAACCUCCGCCCGCUGGAGCUGACGGCGAGCCCUCGCGUGUGACGUCGAGCGGCGGCGGCGGCGGCGGCUGACCACCGCCGUGGAGGGCGCGGAAGGCUCCGCUCGGAAAUCGCCACAUACAUCCCCGCCGGCGUCAUGGAGCGCUGGGGCAGCAUCCAGCUGGACGUGCCCGACUUCGGCAACUCGGUGCUGUCCCACCUCAACCAGCUGCGGGCCCAAGGGCGGCUGUGCGACAUCGUGGUCCACGUUCAGGGCCAGAGUUUCCGGGCGCACAAGGCGGUCCUGGCCGCCAGCUCGCCCUACUUCCGGGACCACAUGUCCCUGGGCCAGAUGAGCGCCGUGUCGCUGACGGUGAUCCGCAACGCGUCCGUCUUCGAGCAGCUGCUGGCCUUCUGCUACACGGGGCGCCUGCGGCUGCAGCUGCGCGACAUCAUCGCCUACCUGACGGCCGCCAGCUUCCUGCAGAUGCAGGAAGUCAUCGACCGCUGCACGCGCAUCCUGGAGGGCAUCCACCUCAAGAUCGGCCCGGCCGACCCGGACCGCCCGCUGGCCGAGCGGGAGGCGGCGGCUCUGCCGCCGCCGCUGCUGUCGCCGUCGCCCCGGGGCCCGGAGGCGCUUGGAGGCAGGGAAGAAGGGGAGCCGCGCAGCCCGCCGGCCCGACGCCGCGGGGACGCGCUCCUCCGCCUCAACCGCGCCGGCGACAGGACGGGCGUCAAGACGGAGCGGGCCGAGCGGCGGAUCGAGGCGGGCCGCGGCCGGGAGGGCCCGGCCGACGAGGGCGGGACGGCGAGCGCCGAUGACUCGGGCUGCGGGGGCGGGGCCCGGCCCUCCAGCAGCCUCGGCGAGGCCGACAGGUCCAGCCCCCCGGCGGAUCGUCGACGGGCCGGAAGCCGAUCUCCGAGCAGAAGCGAAGACCCGCCGCGCGCCAACUCCCAGGGCUCGGAGGCGGCGGGGGCGUACGAGGACGAGGCGCCGGGCGAGCGCUGGUUCCGCUACAACCCGCGGCUGACCUGCAUCUACUGCUGCAAGUCCUUCAACCAGAAGGGCAGCCUGGACCGCCACAUGCGGCUGCACAUGGGCAUCACGCCCUUCGCGUGCCGCCUGUGCGGCAAGAAGUACACGCGCAAGGACCAGCUGGAGUACCACAUCCGCAAGCACACGGGCGACAAGCCCUUCGCGUGCCGCCUGUGCGCCAAGAGCUUCCCCUUCCGGGCCAUCCUCAACCAGCACCUGCGCAAGAACCACCCGGGACAGCGCGCCCGCGGCGCCUCGCCCGAGACCACCACCGGUGCCAGGGGGGCCUCCCCGGGACGGGAGGACCCCGAGGACGGCGGCGGCGGGGGGGAGCCGUACGGCGAGGGCCCCCACGCGUCCGUCUCCACCACGGGGCCCGACUGACACCGACGGGGGCCCGAGCGUCCGUCCCCGGCGCGGGGCCGGACGGACACCCGACGGGUCGGCGGGGAUGACGUCGCGUAACGGCCCCCGAGCGCGCCCCCCUCCCGUCUUACUUCCUCCUUCCGUCCUUCGUUUCUGCCUCAUGACAAUCCAGCGGCAAAGCGGCAGUCGCAGGUACGCCCGUUAGCUCCCGCGUUAGCGGCGGCACGGCCCUCGGGGCCCCCCUUGGACCGCCGCGGUUGAGUUGGGGUCUCGACGGUCCCAAGCUGACCUCACCUCGCAUAAGCUGAUCACACUCAGCUACCUCUCGUCUCUGCCGGGGGCUCUCAUCCUUGAGAUUUCCUGUCUGGGCAACAUUGUGAAGGAAAGCUGCUGGUAAAAGGCACUCGUUCGUCACUUGACCCCCCGCCCCCUCGCAUCUCUUCUGACCACGCGAUAUUCUGCAACGUGGCCCGUCGGGACCGGUGCCAAAAGAAAGCGAGCAUUAAGGCUCACUUGCCCUCAAAGACGGCUUAUAACGAAUGGCGAAACCCCCCCCCCCCCCAACCCUGGUUGGACCGCAACGUAGCAGAACGUGAAAGCUAACAAAGCCAACACACCUCAACCCGACAUCUUACCUCACGCCAUCCCGCCUCUCUCCGCACGGACACCCCUCCAUGUUGCGCUUCGGCGGCCCCGAGUUUCCCGGCCAGGCCCCGCCAGUGCCGACGGCUGGCGCGCUCGCUUUGGUCCUCCCACCUCGGGAGUCGACUCCAUCGAGCGUUGCUUGUUUGGUUGGACUCUUUCUUUGGCGAAGAAUGUUUGGUAGGCGGAGCCAAAGAGUCGAAUUGAAUAAAAAAUGAAUUUGUCUGAAAUUGCGCGCGUG